AUGGGCCUUCCAGACCAACCAGGGGAAAGCAGAUCCAAUGCCUGGGUCGCCGAACACCACCGUCGUCUGGUGACAGCCCACGAAAUGGCCAAGAAAUCUCUCAAAGCAGCCACGGACGGCCAGAAGAGAGCAUAUAAUAAGAAAGCAAGAAAUAUUCCCCUUCUCCCCGGAGAGCGUGUCCUUGUGCGCAACAGAGAUCUGAGAGGGCGGUGCAAGACGAGUGACAGAUGGGAGUCUGUUCCCUAUGUUGUUGUCAAGCAGCCUCAUCCAGAUAUUCCUGUCUAUGAGGUCCAAUGCACCAAGUUCGCCAAGUACCAGUACUCUGGAUCCUGGAGCUCCGGUUUCCGCACAAGUGGUUGGCUUGUUACUCAACCUGUCCCUCUGCCUCAGGCUCGCAGGAAACUUCCUACACCACCACGGGCAGCAACAGUCGAAGAGCGAGAACGCCAACCCCAGAGUCCCCGGAGGAGACUUCCUUCACCACCCAUAGAAGCUGUGGCUGCUGAUGUACAUAAUCAUCCCUCUGAAGAUCUUGGUGUUCAACCAUCUGAGCCUAAAGUUCCAGGACAAGUCAUCCCACCAAGACCAGAUUCCUCCGUUCCAAAGCCAGUGGCAAGGCGUUGCUCCAGUCUAAGUACCGGCGACACCUUUCCAGGAGGCAGUAGUCAAGCAUCUUCCAAUGCUACUUUCCAGCGAGGUCGCAGACAGACGCUACCAUGUGAGUGCGCGUCACAGGCACAAGACGUAGUGUACUGGUCAACGGGAGAGGGCAUCACUACAGAUACACAGAUCAUUGGAUCGCGUUUCUCUGAUGGUACUACUUUGCAGAUCCAACAUGGCGCCGAUUACAGCAUUGGUAGCGACGCUUCACUUACAGUCAACUUCCUGAAUGACGUACAGGAUACACAUAGAUUCUGGUGUCACGUGUUUCAGUCAGAUGGUACUCUCAGAAAUUGUGACAUCGAUGCCCAGAUAUCAGAUGAUUUGGAAUCAGCUAGUGAUGCACUGAAGGCAUCAGAAAGAUCUUUCUACCUCCGAAUUGACUCACAGCAGAUACUCCCUUGCCUGAGCUGGACACCUGGCGACACAGCUUGUGAGGUGAAGUGGAGUAAGCGCGACAACCCAGAUCGACAAGUCCUCAGUUACAACCUGUCGACUGGUGUCAAUUCUAGUCCUGAAUUCGAUCUCGCCAGUGACUUUGGUUUGGUGAUUCAGUCAGUCUAUGAUGACCAUGCUGGAGUGUACAAAUGUGCUGUGGGAGAUGAAAACCAGAUAGAUGUUGAAGUCCAAGUGAUAGGGGAUCGCUUUCCAUUGGAUGGAGGUAGCGCUAAAGAAGGUGACAGCGUGACCAUUAAACCUAGAUUUUCUCUUCAAUGUCCGGCUCUCUCAGACAUCUCCUUGACAACGAAGGCAACUUUGUUUUGGUCCUUUGGCGCCAAUGAUACAGAGACUACCACUGUGAUCGGCACACUGAAUCUACCAGAUGGUCCCAAGAAGAUGUAUGAUCUUGGAAAGGACUGCCUUGACAUAUCAAUGGAGGGCGCUCUGCUCUUCAAUAAUUGUUCCCAAGAUGAUGAUGUCAGAUACUGGUGUCAUGUCUUCCCUGCGAAUGAUAAUCUGAUCCGGUCGUACGUGGAUGUGUUGGUAGAGGAUUCAAACGGUGGUUUUCGAUCGUCCGAUAUCAUCGUCAUCGCUGUUUGCGUGCAUUUAUUCGUCAUAGUUCUUCUUGUGAUUGUUGUUUAUUUCCUGAUCUGGAAGUGGCGUCGACGUUCUUCCCAUUCUAAAGAAGACAAGGAGAAACGUGGUUACAAAUCACUGGAUAAGCAAGAGUCUGUCCCGGAGUUGGAUUUGAAGAUGCUUGCCAAGAAGAUCAAAGCGUUUGUGAUCAGGAAAUUUGUCAGAAUUCCUAUUACACCGUGGGUUGACCGGGACGACGAUUGCUUCGCAUCAAUAGAUACAGUCUACAGACCCUUAGAGAUGUUCGCCAAUGUCUCCCACGGAUGUAGCAAUGUAAAGUAUCAAUUAGACUCAGAGUCUGGUAUCUUUGAUGAUGGUAUUCCAGGAUUGGCUAGUAAGCAUGCUAUAAUACAAGGUAGACGGGGUUGUGGUAAGACUACGUUUUUGCACAGACUGAUAUACGAUUGGGCCAUGGGAAGGGAACGUGCACUAUGGGAAAGUGAUCAGAUGGUUGUUCUUGUUCCAGCUCGGCUGCUUAUUAAAGCUGAAACCAUCGGUGAAGUAGUUGUUGAAUGCAUGAUUCCAAAAGACGGAAACAUUUCUGCCAAAUCCAUUAAUGCACACUACACACGAGACAAAAGUAAACUGACAAUUUUGGUAGAUGACUGUAAUGACCAGCACGAUAUUUACGCUGUAAUGAAGGUAAUGACAGACAAUGAAUUUCUUUGCUGUCAGUUAGUUUUGACCACGAGAGGGGAAGAGCUGGCCAAAGCUGCGUCACAAAACUAUAACAUGCGCCAUGUCACCAUUACCGGCUUUACCCUCAGUAAUGCUAUUGCAUACAUCAAUGUAGUUUUGGAUACUGCUGAAGAAAGGAAGCAAGCUACCCCUGAACACAAGGCAUCCAAGAGUAAAGCUAAACCACAAUCAGGUUCGACUGCUGACACAAACACUAGGCAGAAUCUGCCCAAGGCAGAAGAGUCUCCAACAGUGUCAGCUGCUCCGGAAACACAGGAAAGCACUGCCACAGACACAUUUCCUGAGAAGAUAGAAGUACCCAAAACACCUACAUCAAAAAAGAAACGGAAUAUUCAUCGAUAUCUAGAAGAGGAUAUUCUUCAACCAGAUAUUUCAUGUCUCCCAGCUGUCUUGGCAGCUCUCUGUCAGAUGUCAAUCUGGACAACAGGAGAUGCCUUCAAACCCGACCCGACCGUGGCAAAUUUGUUUUUCAAUUUGGUCAAGUGCAUGUUCGACAGGAAGAAAGGUCUGGAAGUUGCUGUCACUGAGGGAAACCAACACAGUCUGCUCACGGAAAACCAACUGAACAUAGUGGCAGAGCUUGGUAGAGUGGCCUAUUCAAGACUGGUUAGCAGUUGUUCAAAUUAUGCGGACUACUCUAAAGAGGACUUCUUGAGUUCGUCAGAGGAGGGAGAGCACGCCUUAGAAGUUGCAAUAGACGUUGGACUUCUUCGUCCAUUGCAGGUUAAGUCCAUGGUUGAAUCUACGGAACAAAUUACCGAGGCAGUUUCUUCUGAGGUAUCAGAAGUGGAGAUACGGACAGGGUGUCCUUGUUGUAAGCGGAAGCAAAAGCAACAAAAUGGGACUGAACAAGAAACCAUGCGCCAGGAAACAGAACUCACUCCCCUGACAAGACGUAAGGAUGAAAGGGCUUGUUUUGUCUUGGAGAUCCUUGAGCAGCUUUGCGUCGGCGUAUUCUUGCCUCAGACCACAGGAAAAGUGAAACAAUGGUUCGAAGACAUCACAAAGAUUGGCUACAGUGAGAUUAUCCAGAGGUUUCCAAAUGUAUUCCAGUUUGCCAUCCAAAAUGAUCAGUUUGACAAGGAAGCUCUUGUUGGUUAUUGUGCCAAGAUCGUCAACAUGAGAAAAAGUCAGGCCAGGCCCCUCCAUGCUGUGUUGCAAUUGCAGAAGUUCGUGGAGUUGUGUCUCCAGCUGAACUUCGAGGGGCAGUGUGAGGGCGCCUUGAAUAAGAAGCUGAAAUCGAUCUUUUCUGACGGGAAGGUCCGCCUCAUUGGUAUUUCGAGUUACAAACUGCGUCUGUUGUCGUACCUACUACAACAUGCUAAGCCGAAAGAUAAGAGCAAGUUGAAUGUGAAGUCGUUUGAGUUGUUACGAAUUGGUCAAUACGAUUGGUCAGAGCUUCAAGAAUACAUUGAAUAUUUUGAUUUGGGGAAAGGGGAAUCCCAGAGGGAGAAGAAGAAGAAGGGGGAGGAGAAGAAGAAGAAGACAGCUUUGAAACCCCAAACUGAAGGUAGUCAGCCAUUUACAACUGGAACUAAAAAAGCAAGAGGUGAAGCACCACUUAAAGACAUCGAGAAGCUUUCAACCGAUGCCGUUGAGGUCAAUUCCAGCAUUGAUCAGCCUCUGCCAGACGCAGAAAAGCAACCGAAAUCCUUAUCUGACCAAACAACAAUCGCAGAUCCACAAAACUACAUGGCAAACUCUUCCGUUACCAUAACCCCACAAACCGACCGAUCCCAAUGCAACGUCCAACUAUCUGCAGAUACGAGACGAUCACCUGAUGCUGACAUUCAUCAGCCAAGUGCAAUUCAACUAAGGGCGGUUGAUGAACAACUUUUACAUCCCGUAAUAGAGGAAAACAAAUGUGAAUAUAUAUCGCCUUCUACACAACCAGGGCCCAAGGUAAGCGACUCACCAAGCGAGGAUGAUGGUAAUGAAGGUCAAUCUAUAGACUUGUCUAUAGAUGAAGACCUUGCUGUACCCAAAAAGCUGCGUGAGAGGAUAGAAUCCUGCUACCAAGACAUGCCCCAGUUUCCUCCUGACCAGUCAGACAUCAGUGUCCUCCACACUGUGCAGUCUUUUGAUCUACAUGAGCUCUUAGAGUCACAAGCAGGGGACUGCUACUUAUCGGGUGCAGCAAGAGACUUGGCUCGUUACCUUCCUCGUCUGGAAAUGCUGGAGAGUCUAGUUCUGGUUGGGACGAUUCUGAGUUCAGACGCUAUUUGCGACUUGGCGAAAAGUGCUGACCAUCUCCCAAACUUGAGAAAGCUGGAUCUCCGUCUGAAUAAGCAGUUCGACGACAGAGCCUUCGUUGCGGUAACAAAUUUACCGCUAUGUGAGUGCAAACAAUUGACGGAUCUCAGACUUUCUCUGUACAAAGUAACCGAUAAAGGGUUUAAUGAGGUUCAGAAGGAAAUGAAGAAGGAUGGCGAGGACUCGUGGGGAAGAUUGAAAACACUGUACCUGUUGCAUGGAUCAUCUGCUGAGACGUUUUUAGGAUUCCUGAGCAACAGCUUGAAAUACUUCCAUUUUGUUAAAUGUUUUCAUCUUUCAGCCAUUCACAAAACUGAAAACAUACAAAACAAAAUCUUGGAAGAGUUCGAACAAAUUACAAACAUAAUGACACAUCUUAAAGACAUUGACAUUGGCAACAUAGAGACACUGAGUACAAGACUGGCGCCAUUAAAACUCCAUAAAAAGAAGAAGGUACCUGGAAUCUUGAAGAAGGUUGGGACAACCGUCACUAAACUCGGGAAAAAGAAAGCAAGUGGCAUUUCAGAAUCGGUGGAACAGUAG